AUGAGACAGUUCACUUUCCACUGUCUUCUACGCCGCAACCAAAUCUCAAUUCUUUCCGGAUAUUCUCGUACCGCGGCACGUCUUUCAUCCACCACCAAUCCCCCCGAGUUCUCGGAAUCUCAGAUAAGUCCCGAUACUUUACUCGACUCAAUACGAUCUUCUCAGUGGCAUUUCGUCGAACACUUUGCGUGCAAGCUCACACCUUCCCUUAUAUCAACAACUCUUCUCAACCUCGUCAAGACUCCAGCUUUAGCUCUCGAUUUCGUCAACCGCAUCGACCCACGUUCCUUGGAACUCCCAACACAGUGCCUAGCAAUAGCUCUCGUCUCUAAGCUCUCUUCGCACAAGCCAGCUCUUCAGUUACUAAACCAAGUCGUUACUAGUAACAAAACUAAGAUAAGAGACGUUUUCAAUGAGCUAGUUCUCGCCCGUGAUCGAGUACAGACCAAAAGCACCAUCCUUUUGGAUCUUCUGGUCAGAUCUUGCUGUCAGUUAAAGAUGGUGGAUGAAGCAAUAGAGUGUUUUUACUUGAUGAAGGAGAUUGGUUUUGAUCCAAAGAUUGAAACUUGUAAUGCAAUUCUGAGUUUGUUAUCGAGGCUGAAUCUAACGGAGAAAGCUUGGGUCUUGUACGCUGAUAUGUAUAGGAUGGAGACUAUUAAGUCUAAUAUCUACACUUACAACAUUAUGAUUAACGUGUUAUGCAAGGAAGGGAAGUUGAAGAAGGCCAAGGAGAUGUUGGGGAUGAUGGAGUGUUUUGGUGUUAAGCCUAACAUUGUCACUUACAACACACUUGUUCAAGGGUAUUCGUCGAGAGGACGGGUAGAAGGAGCUCGUAUGGUUAUCAGAGAAAUGAAAUCUAAGGGGUUUAAACCUGAUUUGCAGACGUAUAAUCCGAUUCUGUCUUGGAUGUGUUGUGAAGGAGGAGGGAGAGAAUCUGAUGUAUUGAGGGAGAUGAAGGAGGUUGGUUUGGUUCCUGACUCUGUUUCUUACAAUAUAUUGAUCCGUGGUUGUAGUAACAGAGGAGAUUUGGAGACAGCUUUUGCUUAUAGGGAUGAGAUGAUGAAAAAAGGCUUUGAGGCGACGUUUUAUACUUACAACACGUUGAUUCAUGGUUUGUUUAUGGAGAACAAGGUUGAAGCAGCUGAGAUGUUGGUAAAAGAGAUUAGAGAGAAAGGUGUUGUUGCCUUGGAUGCUGUCACAUACAACAUACUCAUAAAUGGAUAUUGUCAGCAUGGAGAUGCAAAGAAAGCUUUUGCUCUGCACGACGAAAUGAUUACUGAUGGAAUUGAGCCGACGCAGUUUACUUAUACAUCGCUUAUUUAUGUCUUGUGUAGAAGAAGAAGAAUGAGGGAAGCAGAUGAGUUGUUUGAGAAUGUUGUAGUAGGCAAGAGGAUGAAGCCUGAUCGUGUAAUGUAUAACGCGUUGAUGGAUGGGCAUUGUUCUACAGGUAAUAUGGACCGUGCGUUUUCGCUUCUAAAGGAGAUGGAUAAAAUGAGAAUCGAUCCUGAUGAUGUGACAUACAAUUGCUUGAUGAGGGGACUUUGUGGAGAAGGUAAAUUUGAGGAAGCUAGGGAGAUUAUGGGGGAGAUGAAGAGACGAGGAAUCAAACCUGACCAUAUUAGUUACAACACGCUAAUAAGUGGGUACAGUAAGAAAGGUGAUACAAAGCAAGCUUUUAUGGUUCGAGAUGAGAUGUUGAGUCUAGGGUUUAAUCCAACUCUUCUCACGUACAAUGCUUUGUUAAAGGGUUUGAGUAAAAACCAGGACGGGAGACUUGCAGAAGAAUUACUACUGGAAAUGAAAAGUGAAGGGAUUACUCCUAAUGACAGUAGCUACUGCUCUGUACUUGAGGCAAUGUAUAAUGCAGAAAAGUCAGAUAUUGAUCGUGGAAGCAAACCUGAGACCACUUGCAUAGUGUAAACGUUGAUAUAGGCAUUUGCUGGUUGGUUAAGGUUAGUACGGUGUAUAUGUACUAGCCGUGCUUUAACAAAUGUUUCCAUAAAAAUGUUAUAGAUCAUCUUCCCCCGCGUCAAAAGACUGGUUAUGUCCAAUUUGGAAUUUAUUUUCAAAGGGUA